AUGUCGCGCCCGCCUCCCUCCCCGCCCCCGCUGCAGCAGCAGCAGCAGCAGCAGCAGCAGCAGCAGCGCAGCAGCCUCGGAGAUCUCCGCUUUUACGAGCGGAAGUUCCCCGAAUUGGAAGAACUUGUGAUGGUAAAAGUCCAAAGAAUUGCCGAAAUGGGGGCUUAUGUUUCCCUCUUAGAAUAUAAUAACAUCGAAGGAAUGAUUCUCAUGAGCGAACUUUCCAAAAGAAGAUUUCGCAGCGUCACAAAACUGGUGAAGGUCGGAAGGCUGGAGGCGGUGAUGGUGUUGAGGGUGGACGCGGUGAAGGGGUAUAUUGAUCUCAGCAAAAGCAG